CGGAAGAGAAGCGAGUUUCUGUGGGGGCCGGCCAUCUUGUGUGGGCAGCAAAGAAGCACGUAGGGGGUGGGCCGGGGCCUGGGCAGCAUCGGAGGAGGAUCCCACCCAAAGGGGUCCAUCAUGCCCGGACACCUGCAGGAAGGCUUCGGUUGCGUCGUCACCAACCGCUUUGACCAGCUCUUGGACGACGAAUCCGACCCCUUCGAGGUGAUCCAGGCGGCCGAGAGCCGCAAGAAAGAGAGCACCGGUGGGGGCGGCGGCGGCGGCCACCAAGGCAGCCGCGGUGGCGGAGGCGGGCAGGCGGCCCAGUCUAAUUCAUCUUCAGGCGGCGGUUCGGGCCAGGUCGGUUCCGGCGGAGGGAGCGGCAGCGCGGCCAAGCAGCUGCGCAGGGAAUCUCAGAAGGAGCGCAAGAACCCUUUGCCGCCCUUCGCCUCCUCGACUGGGCCUGGAGGCGCCGGGGACCGGAGAGAGGAUGGAGGCGGGCAGCCUGGCUCCGCGCCUCUCAGGAAGGAAGGGAUAAGACGAAUUGGCAGAAGGCCUGAUCAGCAACAGCCUCAGGGAGAGGGCAAGCCUAUUGAGAGGAGGCAGGAGAGACGGCCUCCUCGUGAACGACGAUUUGAUAAACCUGCCGAAGAAAAGGGUGAAGGAGGAGAAUUUUCUGUUGAUAAACCCAUUAUUGAUCGUCCUAUGCGUGGCCGUGGUGGUCUUGGCAGAGGUGGUCGUGGUGGAAGAGGACGUGGAAUGGGCAGAGGAGAUGGCUUUGACUCUAGAGGCAAACGUGAAUUUGAUAGGCAUAGUGGAAGCGACAGAUCUUCUCUUUCACAUUCACAUUUCAGUGGUCUAAAACACGAAGACAAGCGUGGCGGGAGUGGAUCACACAACUGGGGAACUGUCAAAGAUGAACUGACUGACUUGGAUCAAUCACAUGCAACAGAGGAAACUCCGGAAGGAGAGGAACACCCCCCUGCUGACUCAGAAAACAAGGAAAAUGAAGUAGAAGAAGUUAAGGAAGAAGGUCCUAAAGAAAUGACUCUUGAUGAAUGGAAAGCUAUUCAAAAUAAGGAUCGUGCAAAAGUCGAAUUCAACAUCCGGAAACCAAAUGAAGGUGCUGAUGGACAGUGGAAAAAAGGCUUUGUUCUGCACAAGUCAAAGAGUGAGGAGACAAAGGGGAUGUCAGAAAUGCAGGGGAGUCAGCUGGAACCGAACGAGUCUCAUGCUGAGGACUCUGUAAUGGAUCACCACUUCCGCAAGCCAGCAAACGAUAUCACGUCCCAACUGGAGAUCAAUUUUGGGGAUCUUGGUCGUCCUGGGCGUGGUGGUAGAGGUGGAAGAGGCGGUCGUGGGCGUGGGGGAAGGGCUAGCCGUGGAAGCAGAACCGACAAGUUGGUUAAAGAGUUUGAUGUGAUCCAUACACCCAAUCAGUCAAGUGCUUCUGCUCCUGAUGUUGAUGAUCCAGAAGCUUUCCCGGCUUUGUCCUAAACUGGAUGCCCUAAGCCAACCCUGCCUCUUGUUGGGCCCUUCUCUACAAGGCUUGCAUGCUUAAGGAUCCUAAAAACAACUUAAGAUAUUAAAACGGGGACUCUCAUUCAUGCCAUUCACACCUGAAGACUGAAUUUUACCUGUUUUGAAAUGAACUUCUCUUGCUACACAGAAGCAACAAUAUGGUAGUCAGUUUUGUAUUUAGAAAUGUAAUGGUAGCAGGGAUGUUUUCAUAAUUUUUUUCAGAAAUUAUGCAUUCUUCAUGGAUACUUUUUUGUAUUGCUGCUUGAAAAUAUGCGUUUCCAAACUUGAAAUAUAGGUGUGAACAGUGUGUACCAGUUAAAGCUUUCACUUCAUUUAUUUUAUUUUUUUAAAAUUAGGGUUAGAUGUGCUUUCCCUAAAGUACAAACAAUUUUAACUCUUGCACACUAUUUCUUUUAAUACUGCUUAGCAGAUGGUUUUCAGUCCACGGUCAGCUGGGAUAUGUAUAAAAAUAAUAUGGAAAAUUGUUAGUACUGUGUGGAAUAUUAACUUCUGGAGUAUUUCAGUUUUUAAUACUUAAGUCAAACUUGGAAAGUCCAUUUUCUUCUAUCUUUGGUAGUUUGUGUAUUCAAAAUCUUUAUACAAAAUUGAUAUCAGAUACUUGAAAAAUAGUCAAAGCACAUUGGUUUAUAUUCUCAAUACCUGCUUGUGAAUCCAGCAGCUCUGGUUGGAUAAUUGGCUUAAGCCAUUUUUUAAAAAAACAAUCCAUGUUGCACCUCUCAUUCACCCUUUUUCUUCAAGAAAACUAGUUGUCUGUUUGGUAAACUUUGUUUAAACUUGUUAAUAUUGUUGCUACCAAAAAUAUUCUGUAGAGUGGAGCAACUUUUUUUCAAACAUGGAAGGUUGGGAACACAGUGGUAUAUUAUUUCUUAAUAUAGUUGGUUUAAACUACAGUUGAUACUGUGUGGCAGUGCUAUAAGUAUAUACAUUAAAAUGCACCCCCUUGGGUGCAUUGAAACACUGUUCCACUAGCAUGCAACCCUGAUUCUGAAGAAGAAACCAAAGGGCACUAUACUUCUUGGGAAAAGGAUUAUUUGACUUGUUUAAAUUGGAAAACCAAGACCAUGAAAGUGAGACAGCAGUGGUCUGCGUGGGACAUAAGCCAAACCUCACCACCCAAUUGAAAUGUGGAUCUUGCUCUAUUGCUUCAGCUUUUGGCCUUGCCUAGCUGAGAAGUGAAUGUUUUAUUUUUGGUGUGGGGAGUGAUUGUAAGCUCUCCUUUCCACUGUAGAAUUUUCUUAAUAUUUUAACUUAAUCCCUGUGAAAGAGAAUGUUACCACUUUCAAAACAUGAAAGGACUUGAGCAAAUAAUAAAAAGGACUACUUUGCCUUUCUGUCUACAACACUUGUUAGGAGAUUAGAACUGAAAUACCAAUUUAUUUCAAAGUUUUGCUGAGUAUCUAAUACAAUUGGUGGGUUUCUUAAGGAAGUGGAAACAUUUCCCCCAUUUAAAAAAAAAGCCUAUGGAAGGAGGGCAAAAAGUAUUGAACUAAAGCAUUAACAGUAUUGAAACAUUAUCUGAAUGAUUUUUGUUCGAACAUUCGUUUACUUAUGCAAAGGUUACUACAUUGAAUCUGAUUCUUGAUGCGUUUAAAUUUCAGCAUUGUGAUCUGGAAGUAGGGAUGGAGAAGCAGAUUUUUAAAUGAGUCCAGUAUUUGCCUUCAAGGAAGAUUUUUAAGCACAUGUACCCUUCAUCCUUCUUCCUGCCCCAAUUUAUUGGUUUUUAGUUUCCCAAUUAUGAUUUUGAAGGUAGUCAUGUCAACAGGUUACAUAUGUUAUCAGGUCCGUUGUUUGUUUCAUAUCCAAACGCAUCUCGGCACAGGUUUUGUUUGGGGGGGGGAAGAUACUGCGUGUUGUAUAUUCUUUAAAAAAAUCGAUUCCUAUUUCCUGCACAAAUAUGCUAAUGUCCAAAUAACAUACUUAUUAAGUAGUAAGUUACUGUUCGUGAAUACUCCCAAUCUAACUCUUUUGACUUCUAGACUUUAAUUCUGGACAGCCAUAUAUCCCAUGCAAUGCCAGUUUGGUACUUGACGUGACAUUUUCAUCUUCUGGUAUACUUGUAAUAUAGAGCAAAUUUAGAAAUUCUGUUUAAAGAUGGCAAAUUUGCCAGCUUUUAAUAGCUGUGUACUUAAUUUGUGUUGAGCUGUGAAAAUGCUUUCAUUAAUAUUGGUACAUAUUAGCAAAAUAAAGGUUUAUUUUCAUGCUCUUUUACAAAAAUGCUAUUAAAUUGGCAUUGUAAAUGUUUUCAGUGCCAGGCAUCUUGCCUAAUUUCUAACUGAAACCAUUUACAUGUCUUUUGCAGGGAAUGGUCCCCUUGUGGUGGAUCCAGUAACAGUUGUGAGCAUACCUUUAGCAAAUAACUACUCGCAUAGUUAAUUUUAAUGCUAGCUAUUAAAUGAAUUGGGCUUUGUAUCUCUUACUCUCCUGCUCGUUUGUGUUGCUGUUGCACCAUUUUUUUAGAGCAAGCCUCCUUUAAAAUGUGAUACUAAUUAUGAUUGAUUUAUUAAAUGUUAGAGCAUGAAAGUUUAUCUUGUACCAGACUACCGGCAGAUAAGUUAAAAUGAGUAAAAUGAGAGAGCACAAGCCCUUCUAAAGUAACCCUAAACAUUAAAAACUAUGUCUAUCGUGAAUAUACAUUUUGUUGGACAGAUACUGCGUCUGAUUGGAUGAUUACAUUUUGCCCUGAAAUUUACAUACCAUCCUGUUGACUUAAUAAAAGCAGGACUGAGGCUUUUGGCUGUCUUGAGUGCUCAAAGUUUAGAUACAUGUUCACUUUCGAUGAAUAAUACUUGUUAAAUUGCUAACUGCGAAAUUACUCACGAGAAAAUUAGGGACUGAUAGUGAACCUCCCACCCCUGACAACUUUGAUUUGAAAUGUAAUGCUUUUUUUUAAAAAAAGGUGAGAAAUUAUAUGGUAAUCUUUUAUAUUUUACCAACUGUGAUCUAAAAGUCUUCAUCCACAUCUGACUUAAAGGUAGAUUAGUUGCUUGAAAAACAAUUGCUUUAUCCUCUGGUCUCAGAGAAGAUUUUAACAGUUAUGAAUAGCAGUGGGGGGGUAAUCAGAUGAAGUAUCUGAAGAGGGCUUCCUGCCUGCCUGCCUGUGCUUUAGGUGCAUUGAAUAUGAGAUGUUAUCAUCUCUGGGUUUACUUUGUAACUUAAUGUUUAAAGGGCUUGCCUCAGUUUUGCAAUUUCUUAAGCAAAAGGAUGCAUGGAAUAAUAGGAUGAAAACAGUUAAUGGUAAGAGGUUGAAGCUUAAGCUGUUUUUAUAAAUAUCUCUUAUUUGAAGAUUAAAUGCUAUGUCAGUGACAAAUGAGAAGAUUUAAAAUGAUCUUUUGGCUCUUUUCCAUGCGUAACAUGGAAAAAUUAAAAUAGGUGGGCAGAGUGCAAGUAAACUAUUUUUUUAAAAAAAUAGGAGAAAAAUGGAAUCACAAGUCCCGUUGGGUAAGAACAGGAUAGUAGUGUGAGUCACGGAUUAAAUUAUUCAGAACAUAUCCCCUGUAUUAGGUUAACAAUGUUUGCAAAUAUUUACAAGGAUCAUUCUUAUCCCUGUAUUAGAAAUCAUUUCUGGACAUUCUGUGGCCUUAAUCUUGAAAAGCAAAUACUAGUGCAUGUUUUCUUGUCAGUUGUACAGUGCUGUAUAUUACAAUUGAUUGUAUGAAGUGCACUUAGUCUUAUAUACAGAUCUGUCCUUCAAUAAUGUCAUAUGUGUUAUCUUCCAUAUUUGAGAGAAUGGAACAGCCUGCAUUUUAUGAGAUUUGUAAUCUGAUCCUAUACACACUCCCAUUUUAAUGAGAUUUUAACUAAUGCUUAAAAUUGCAGCUGUUUUGAAUGGGCAGGUUUGUUAUAUAGGUUUCAAUCCCACAUAGAAUAAGUCCCAAUAAACGCAGAAUGCUUUGUUUCUGAUAGAUGUAGCAAAAAUAUAACGGGCUCUGUUCUCUUCAUGCAGAACGUUAUUUCAGAUUACUGAUCAAUUAUAAGUUGGUUUAAAAUACCGCUCUGCCUCCAACUGAUGGAAUUAAUUUUAAUGAAGUUAUUUUGCAAGUUUCUGGUACAUUCGUAGAAUUGGAUGUUAUGAAUCAGUUUAAGCACAUAUUUAUUCCUGUGAAUGCCUCAUAAAAUGCAAACGAUGGUUUCAUCCAGCUUGCCCUGGAUUCACAAGUUCACAAUUUUUUCCCCAUAAAAACCACAAUUUUGAUCACCCAAGAAAAAUGGCAAAUAUUUUCAACAUUUGUAUAAAUGAUCGUCAGAUACAGUUGCCUUCUAUCCCAUUCUGUUUUAUUCCAUGUAUGUAUAUGUUGCCCAAACCAGUAGAUCCUGAAUCAAUUUAGAAUUUUAUUUUGGCAAGAUGUUCUGAAAUCAUGACUAAAAAUCUAAUGUUUUACAAAGAGGGUAUACUUAACAGAAUUUCACAGUUACAUUGACUAAAUGUAUCAGUAGAAGCUAGCCAUGUAUUUUAUUUAAAAUCAUAUAUGCACAUUGCACAAAAUACAACUAAAAAAAACCCCAGGCAAUGUUCACCUGCCCUUGGUUAGCCAUUCAAAUUAUAUCCCGUUCACUGGGGCGAAAGCUGCAUUCUACUUGGCCAGAAUAAAUUGGUUCUGAUAUUUUUAAAAAUCUAAAAACAUCUGUAUCCACAUUGCAAAAAUAUAUUCUGUAGUUAACAUAGAUGAGCAAAGAACUAUUCAAGAUUGAGUAAAAUCACAUUGGAUUGAAUAUUGAGUGACAAACAUUUGUGUUUCGCAGGGUUUAAUAUCAAAGUGGACUAUGUAUAAUUGCAUGAAAUCCUCCAAAAACCUUUUGACUUGCAGCUUUUGACAACAAUAGGCAGUAAAAUAUAUCUUCCACAAAUUGUGCUGGCAAGAGUCAAACAUCUACAUAAGCAAUAUUUUAUAAAAUAUUUUUAUUAUAUUCCUUGGGGGAAUACUUGCCUGUUUCAAAAUCUGAAUAUUGCUUUUACGUUUAGCAAAUGAAUAGCUAGUAUGGGUUCUGGCAUUUAUAUAGAAACAAAACUGCAAAUUUCCAGCUUAUUGAAAAAUCCAAAGUAUUGUAUUGCACAGAAUAUAACCUGCUUAAAAAGCAUACUUCUAUUAAGAGGUGUGAUUAAAGUGUAUAUACAUAUGACCGUGGGAAAAUCAGCUCCUUUCUUUUGUUGCAGUGGACAACUAACUUCUGAAAUACAUUGAUAAACAUUGUCUGUGCUUUGUACCUUUAUGAAAUUUUGUACAAAUUUCAUAAAAUUACUAAGUUUUCAAACGUGGAAAACAUUAUUACAUAGGUCUGCUUCCUGAUUACUAUAAAACUAAAAUUAGAUUUAGUUUAAACCUAAAUGAAGUUUUUU